CGCAACUCUUUGCCUAUAUAAACCCAACGAAUGCCUUCUAAUUUUCCUCCCCCUUCUUCCUUUUCUUCUUACAAAAACACUACUACACUUUCACUACGGAGAAAAAUUCUUUGUGAAUCUUCGUUUUCUUCUCUCAAAUCAUCCCCAUUUUGAUUCUUGUUUUUUUAGGCCAAGAUGGAAUAUGGACAUGUUCAGAGGCCAAAAUACGACUGUCUUCUUUUCGAUCUAGAUGACACUCUUUAUCCCCUUAGUGCUGGUCUCGCGACUAGUGUUCGCCAGAAUAUUGAAGAUUAUAUGGUUGAAAAGCUUGGCAUAGAACAAAGCAAAAUUGAGGAGUUGGGUAAUUUACUGUACAAGAAUUAUGGAACCACAAUGGCAGGCCUAAGGGCAAUUGGCUACGAUUUCGACUAUGAUGAGUACCAUAGUUUUAUCCAUGGUAGAUUACCUUAUGAAAAUUUGAGGCCCGACCCUGUUCUGAGAAAUCUUUUGCUAAGCAUUCCCAUACGCAAAGUUAUCUUCACUAAUGCUGAUAAGGUCCAUGCUCUGAAAGCUCUGAGUAAACUUGGAUUGGAAGAUUGUUUCGAAGGGAUAUUAUGCUUUGAGACACUGAAUCCAGUUCACAAGAGCACUCCAUCAGAUGACGAAGACGACAUUGAGUUUGUUGGAUCAGCCAUAUCCUCCAACGCCACUGCUACUAACGGCUCUGAGAUUUUUGACAUUAUUGGACACUUUUCUCAACCUAAGGCUGGAUCAGUGUUGCCAAAGACACCAAUUGUCUGCAAACCUUCUGAAGUUGCCAUUGAACGGGCUUUAAAGAUUGCCAACAUUAACCCACACAGAACACUUUUCUUUGAAGAUAGUGUCCGUAACAUUCAAGCUGGCAAGCGUUUAGGUCUUGAUACAGUAUUGGUUGGAAAUUCCCAAAGAGUUGCAGGUGCAGAUUAUGCAUUAGAAAGCAUCCACAACAUAAGAGAAGCAAUACCACAACUUUGGGAAGUUGACAGGCUGGCUGAAGUUAACUACUCUGGUGUAGCUGUUGAGACAUCUGUCACAGCUUAGAAUCAGUAGUAGUACUAUAUC